ACUCUCCAUCCUUUCGCUCGCUCCGGCGGCACUCUCUCGCUGCACUCCACGCGCGUCCACGCCGCCCCCAAAAGGACACUCGGUCUCUCCGUCGUGCGUACGCUCCCGCCGUGUCGCCGUUCUCGUCGAUCUCAAGUGCCUGACGCAACACACGGCCAGCCGCCACGAGCUCGCCUCCGCGAUCGCCGAGCGUGCCGCUCACUUCCAUGUACCACGCUGUCUCCCCGGAAACCGACGUGAGCCCGUCAGGUAGCCGAGAAAGCGCCCCGGAACGCAGCAGCUAACACGAGGAGCUCGGCACGCGAAGGCCAAGGAGCCAACAGCCAUGCCCCCGGAACCGAGCGGUGCGGACGCGCACCUCACCAACCCAGAUGUCCGGCUGAGUCGAACUUCGUUGUCGGCGGCGUCGCCGACGGCCAACGGAGUUCAGCUCAAGAAGGAGCUGGGCCUCAUGAACGGCGUCGGCAUGAUCGUCGGUGUCAUCAUAGGCGCCGGAAUAUUCGUCUCGCCGACGGGUGUGCUCAGGUACGCCGGUUCGUCCGGGAUGGCCCUCGUGGUCUGGGCCUCCUGCGGGAUCAUCUCCAUGGUCGGAGCCGUGUGCUACGCCGAACUCGGUACCAUGAUCCCCAAGUCGGGCGGGGACUACGCGUACAUCUUCGCCGCAUUUGGUCCCCUGCCGGCAUUCCUGUUCUUGUGGGUGGCAUUGCUUAUCAUUCAGCCGACGAGCAACGCGAUCGCCGGCAUCACCUUCGCCAAGUACAUCUUGGAACCGAUCUACUUGGGAUGCCCGCCCCCGGAUAACGCUGUGAGGCUGGUUGCUGCAGUCGUCAUAUGUUUGCUGACAUUCAUCAACUGCUACAAUGUCAAGUGGGCCACCUCGGUGCAGGACUCACUCAUGUUCGCCAAAGUGAUUGCCUUGGUCAUCAUCAUCAUCGCCGGCAUUGUGCAUCUCGCUCAAGGACACACUUACAACCUCCAGAACAUGUUCGAGGGUACAACUCAGGAUCCGGGACGUAUCUGCCUCUCCUUCUAUUCCGGCCUCUUCUCCUUUGCGGGAUGGAAUUACCUCAACUUUGUUACAGAAGAAUUGAAGAAUCCAUUCAGAAACCUUCCCUUCGCCAUCUACAUAUCGUUGCCGCUGGUGACCGUCAUCUACCUUCUCGCCAACGUCGCCUACUUCGUCGUCCUCACGGCCGACGAGGUGGUGUCAUCCAAUGCCGUGGCCGUGACAUUUGGUGAGAGGAUACUUGGCGUGAUGUCGUGGAUCAUGCCCGUCUCUGUGGCCCUCUCCACUUUUGGAGGCCUUAACGGAGGGAUCUUCGCAUCCUCCCGACUGUUCUUCGUGGGUGCCAGACAAGGCCACCUACCUUCCUGCCUUGCCAUGAUCAACGUCUCUCACUUCACGCCAGCCCCAAGCCUCAUCUUUCUGUGCCUUCUGAGCUUGCUGUACCUGACAAACACAGACGUCUUUGUUCUGAUCACGUACACUGCCUUCAGUGAAGCCACCUUCAUCAUGCUGUCGGUGGGAGGACUGCUGUGGCUGCGGGUCAAGCAGCCGGACACUAAGAGGCCCAUCAAGGUGAACAUAGUGCUUCCGGUACUGUUCUUCCUCAUCUCGCUGUUCCUGGUGGUGCUGCCGUUCUUCAGCGAGCCGCUGGAGACGUCCAUCGGGGCGGGCAUCAUGCUCUCGGGGAUCCCCGUCUACUUCCUCACCAUCUACUGGAAGGACAAGCCCAGGGGAUACCAGAGGACCAUACACGUUUUUACGGAGUAUGUGCAGAAAGCCCUCUACAGUGUGCCACAGGAAGCUAAGGAGGAUUGAUUUGCGUCCGUCACUUGUACCAGUUGGGGAGGACUUUUGACGAGCUCUGUGAUGCGCCGAACAACAACGUUCCUACAAGUGGUGUUUCUCUAGUUACAACUUUCUAUUUUUUUGUUCUUCUAUAACUUCCCUCAUCUCUUUUCUUGCGUUGCUUGGAUGGGGCUUUGACCUUUGUUUUGUUAUGGAGACUCCAAAAACACCGCCCAACUUUUCUGGUCUUGACGGCCCAUUGCAACGUCUGGUCAGCGGGCGUCACUUUUCACAGCGGAGCUGUUAAAGGCUAGUUUUCCCAGGAUCGUGUCCCCUGCAAAGAAAUGAAGACACCAAACUCUGGACACCUACUGCCAUCUAUGAGCGACGGCGGAAAGCCACGUACCUGGUUGCCGCCGUCGCUCAUAGAUGGCGGCAGCCUUUCCACUCUGGCUUGCCGACUUGCGGCCAGCCAUUACUUUCCAUUUUACAGCUCCGCUGGUCUUCCUUCUUCACCAGAGUUGAAAGGCUGUAAGUGUUUUUUUUUUUUCUUUUUAAGCACAAACAGAAACAGAAGUUCAGUGCUUCGCCUGCUUCACUGUUUCUUAUUUUGUAUUCUUUCUUUCUAAACAUCAACUUGCACAAAACACUUGCCACAUUUGAAAUAAGGGCGUUUGUGGCGCGCGACACUCUCCAUUUCGUUCUGCAACAAUUUUAUUUUCCAACAGUUUCUUUGUUUGUUUGAAUGUUGUCUAGAGUGUACAAGUUAGUAGCAUUGCAACUGUUGUUGUUUCUAUUGUUUUUUCAUGAUGUUCAAAGCGUUUGUUUGGUGGAAAGUUUUAUGGCUGUUACGUUUGCUUUUAACUUUAGCGGCUUGGGUGUGCUGGUAUGGAACAACUGUCUUUUUGUACUUCCUUUUUCCUUUUUUUUUUUUUUACAAAGCAUAGGAGAAAGGUUUUUCGGAAAAAUUAUUUGUAAGUCACUGAUUGUGUAACAGAUCAGCGUACAGCAUCGCUGUUUUAGUUCUAUUCCGUCAUUUUGGGCUGCUGUUGAGUAUGAGUGACUGUAUGUCGUGUCAAAAAAAUGUGUUUCGGUUUUUUCGCCGUCAACUGCUCUGUAUUAUUUGGUUGCUUGUGCCCACAGUUGCGACAAGUUCGCAGUUUGCUCAGUGCUUAAUUCAGAGAUGACUUGCAGCUUGUCUGCUUAAGACAAUCUUGGAGUUGCAGAAUUGUACAGGCUGUUAUUCUUUUCCUUUUUUUUAUGUGUGGUGCAUACUGUGCAUGGAAACAUUGUCACGGGACCAUGCGGUAUUUCCUCUUUAUCUGCCGGGUGUUCGGUGCACGUUCGGUGUGAAGGGAAAUGUGCCUUAUAUGCAUGUUUUCAGGUUUUGUGUUCUUAUGUCACACCCCGUCUACGAGUUAUUGACUGUCAUUGAAGAAGCUGACAGAUAGCAAGCUCUCAUUUAUAUCAGCGUCACAAACAGCUUGUAAUGCUCUGCUGUUCGUGACAUAUGCUAAAAGGGAUUUUGUUAUUUAAUUACUUUUCUAUUCGGUUUCAGUUUUGUUGAAAAUUUUCACUCUGUGUCAGGGUACUCAGGCUCAGCUGGGUACCCUGGUUCAGGUGAGAUUCCUUGCUUUGACUGAAACUUUAGUUGUGCAUAAACUUUACUAAGCUAAGGAUGUCCCUGGAUGUAAGCCAAGCUGAGUCUUCAGCCAAGGUGGGGCAUCAGCCUUAGCUGAGACUUCAGCCGAGCUGGGAUUUCAGCCGUAUGUGUGCCAAACUGAAGAUCUCAGCCAUAAUGAAGCCCAUUCAUACUAAUACAGUUUUGACACGCGCAAAUAACAGAUGCAAUCGCCACACCCAACGUGUGCUUAACCUUCAUUUUGAAACUGUUUUUGUUGUGUACAGAUAAUGCUGUGUUGACAGGAAAUAUUGUUUUUUUAGGUGUCUGAAGCAUCUCGAGUCCUUUUAUGCGCAGACUCAAGCUUGUGGUUUAAGUCUUUAUCAAAAUAAAGUGCUUGUGUCAAAUAGAUCCAUUUGAGGCAUAAGUGAUCAAGACACAAACUCGUUUUUUUUUUCUAAUUGAGGCACUGCAGUGGCUCUGUUCACUGGUUCAUAUUCUGUACAAAGCACUGUGAUGUCUACGGUAGUUAUAGUAUGAUUCAUCAUGGCAUGAGUGAUGUGGAUUGCCCUUUUAAUACGAGGGCACUCUGAACCUUACAUAAGGAUUAUCUGCAACCAUUCUUGAGUGGUGAUAAUAACAAUACUAGCAGAUUUGGAAACUUCAGAGAGGAGGGGAGGAGGGUUGGGGGGAGGGGGGGGAUGAAGGGGAAAAAGGGGGGGGGGGGGGCGACCAAAAACAGCAAGUGCCACUUUUAGAUGAUCUAAAUAUCUACAUAUAAAUAAAUAAAAAAAAAAAAACUAAAAGGAAAGCUGUCGGUCAAGUUGACCCAUUUUUUUAUGGAAGUAAGUCGUGCAAUGCACUUAACUGUAAAUACUGAUUUUUUUAAUGAUUUUUUUAAGCAGGUAAUUGAGGAAUAUGUGUUGGUGGCUAUGGCGCGUGUGCGAUUUCUAGGAGGAGGUUGUAGUUGGAAAACAAGGCCACACGGGCCUUCGUUUGUACGAGCUGAGCGUCCAGCGAGAUUUGAUGACCUGUUUGUAGUUAACGCACAUAAACAUUUGUUGGUUUGUUCUUUUGUCAGAAAAAUAAAGUCGCGUUUGCAUAUGGCGUGUG